AUGAUAGAUAUUUCAGAACAGUACUUUACAUGUAGGUACAGACUGAAAUCAUCCUUCCUAGGAAUAAUAUACAAAAAAGCAGCAGUUAUAAUGGUAGAAUUCAAUUUAAAGACACUGAAUUCAUGGGAGGACCAAAAGUUAUGGUUUUCAGUAGCACAUGGCAUGUUUAAUGAAAAACAGAGAAAAAUUUUUUCUGUAUCAUUUGUUUUGCUGUCUCAGGGGAAUGACAUUUUGCCAAGUUUUUAUUUCUUCAGUGAAGUAUCUACUGCUGUCGUUGAGCCAUACAACUCAAUCCUGAUGACACACAGCAACAUGGAAUAUUCAGAUUGUUCCUUCAUGGUAGAUAAUGAAGCUAUCUAUGACAUCUGUCGACAGAAAUUGGACAUAGACAGACCAACAUAUAAAAAUUUAAAUCGUCUCAUCAGUCAAGUGGUGUCUUCAGUAACAGCUUCUCUACGCUUUGAUGGUGCACUUAAUGUUGACCUAAAUGAAUUCCAGACCAACCUGGUGCCAUAUCCACGUAUCCACUUUCCACUAACAGCAUAUGCACCUGUACUGUGUACUCAUAAGUCAUUCCAUGGUGGAAUGACAGUUCCUGAGAUAACUGCAGAGUGUUUUGAGCCUGACAACCAGAUGGUUAAAUGCAAUCCUCGCAAUGGAAAAUACAUGGCAUGCUGCUUGCUCUAUAGAGGGGAUGUUGUGCCCAAGGAUGUGAAUGCUUCUAUUGAAAUGCUCAAAUCGAGGACUGGUAUUCAGUUUGUUAAAUGGAGCCCAACUGGAUUCAAGAUUGGCAUCAACUAUCAGCCUCCAACAGCAGUGCCAGGAGCUGAUCUUGCACAAGUUCAAAGAGCUGUUUCUCUACUAAGUAACACAACUGCUAUAGCAGAAGCUUGGGCAAAGUUGAAUCACAAAUUUGACUUGAUGUACAACAGACGUGCUUUUGUUCACUGGUAUGUUGCAGAAGGAAUGGAAGAGGGUGAAUUUGGUGAAGCUCGUGAAGAUCUAGCAGCACUUGAAAGGGAUUAUGCAGAAGUAGCUAAUGAUUCAUCUGAUAAUAUGUUAGAAGAAUUUUAG